AUGAAGAACGCUCACCCGAUUAUAACAGCCGCGCCGUCGUCGUCGCCGUCGUGCCUGGUCGAGCCAGAUUCCUCGUCCUCGAGCGAACCGGCGGAACCGAUCAUCAGACUGAGGCUGGACAAGCCGCUUCACUGGGAGUGGGAGCUGACCACGUCCGCGGACGCGCUUCCUGUCAUUCAGCUGUUGGACAAGGAUGGCCGGCUUCUGGUGGAGACGACCGGCCGAACAGCGCAGCGGGCCAGAGGCUCGUUUCGCGAGGGCCUGAGGACGCACGAGGAGUUCCCAACAAGUGGUGAGCCUUCCGUUUCCACGUCUUUCUCGUCCUCCUCCACGCCGUCGACGGUCGUGUUGUUCCCUGCGCCGGGGAACAGGAACGCGGACGGGUUCAGCACGAAAUUCGGUACGGUUCGGUUUGGUUACCAGCCGCGGAAAUCAAAGAGCGACGUGACGGUGAAGGAGCACCGGGAGGAGAAGAGGAAGAGGAGGAGGAGGAACAGACAUUCCUCCGAGCGAGAAGCUUCGAGAGAAGGCGAGGAGAGAGCGAGCUGGAGAGGAAAGUACUCCGUAGGAGAUUACCUGCGACGGCAAAUCAUCGACGAUCUGACGAACGAGAGUCACGCGGCUAGAAGUCCCGAGGAAGUCGCGAGGGAGAGGUGCAGGAAGGUGAAGGCUUACCUGAGGAGUCGCAGCGAAACGCUGCCGAGAUUGGUCCACGUGGAGGAAGAGGAGUCUGACAGGAACUGGAGACCGAGCGUCGAUACGAACCACGAGGAUCGGAUUCGCAGCGAGAAGAUCAAGGAAGGUUUGGCUCGCCUGAGGGAGGCGAUCAGAGAGAAGAACGAGAAGAGAAAGAGAGGAGAGCGCGGCGACCACGUGAAGUCUGAGCGAGGCAAUUCCUCCAUGAACAACGCGGAGUCGCGCGACGCUUCCGACGGAACCACAAAGUCCGUCGCGGACGACGCGAACGUUGAAAAUUGCACGCGGAUCAGGAACGAAGAGCUGGAAAGGGUGAGGUCGUUCUUGAAGGCGAAAAUUCAAGAGAGGAUGGAGUUGGAACGGUGUAAUAUGCCACCGGCUUGGGCCACAGGCGUCGGAAUUCAGAAGAGGUACUCGGAUUACAGACGGCCGGAGGAUCCGCGAGGUUAUCGCACUCGAAAGGUGCGCAGCGAGACGAGCAUCAUCAGGUUCGAUCCGGAGAUUCUUCAGAAGGACAGGCAGAAAGGGAGCGGCGGCGGCGGCGGAAGGCAAGUCGAAAGGGAGAGAGGCUCGAGAGCGGGCAGGUCGCGUUCCAAGGAUUCGUUCGGGCAAAAAGCACGCCGCCGUUCCAGGAGCGAGACGAUCCUCGAGGCCGCGGAAACGACUGCGACGAAUCGCAGUGGCCGACAGUGGGCCGAAACGCGGCAGCCCGCGGAGAAACGGAAAUUCUAUCGAAAAACCAAGAGCGACGUGCUGCUGGGCCAGAUGACCGGCAGCCUGAACUCGGAGCAGGAGAAGCCCCCGAGGCGCGCCAGGAGCCAGGACACCGUCGACGAGUCCUGGCGCGAGUACAAGGAGAGGAAGAAGCACGAGAGGCUGCAUCGCGAGUCCGAGGUGAAGGAAGAGGACUUUAUGAGCAAGCCGCGGUGGAAGGAUCUUCAAACAGCUCUGUGCUCCGCCAACAGCAACUGCCGAAUCUGUCAGAAUCUGCAGAACUGCGUGAACCCUUCUUCGUUGAACCAGAAGCAAAGAAUCAGCCCAGAGAAUCGGCCGAGUUUGGCGGACGGGAGUCGAGGUUCGUGCGUUUCCAGAACUUCGAACGACUCCGGCAACGAGAGACCGAGCACCAGUUUACAGGAGAACUACCUGGUCGUGGACAAGAAGACCAACGCUACGAAGGCUCAAGCAAACAGUCACGAAACCAACGUGAACUCUCCGGACUGCGGUUACAGCACGAUUCCUAAGAAGACGUUCAACGAUUACAAGGAACUGUAUGCACGGUCGAACGUGAAGAAGAGCGACACGUUCAAGAUCGUGGACGGCAGCGAGGAGCUCGCUUCCUUGGAAGAAGAUACCGAGGUGCGAAGCGAAGAUUCGAACGAGAACCACAAUGGCGAGUCUGUCGAUCGUUUCGACUGUCCGAGCCAACACCACGGAGGCCUGUUGACGAACAAAUCGAACGAGGACAUCGCCAGGGAUUAUUUCAAGAGAGUGUACGAGCUGCUGAAGAGACGGCAGGAGCAGGCGAGGAAGAUGGCGGAGAGACAGGAAGUGACGGGCUGCGACGAUUCCUCGUCGUCUAAUUACACGGAGAAGGUGCAAAAGAGGAGGCUGCGUCGCAAGAAAAAGGAACGGGACACGCAAGGAAUAGAAACGACGGUCGCCAGUGACCAUCGUAGCGGUCAACGUGUUGAAACAACGUGCUCGCAUGCUCUCGAAUAUUCACCGGGACAGUUGGUUCUGGCCAACGUAUUCUACAAAUUGUACAUUUUAAUUGGAAAUGACCACCUCGGGCUUCACAUCGAGGCUUACUUUGUAAUUAAACAAAUACGCGGAGCGAAAGACAAAGCGAAAAUGGCCUCUUCGAGGGCGAACUCUUUCGCAGGAUGUCGUGAAAUGCUCGUAAUGCACCUUGAAGCACGUGACCGCGAUCGCCACUUUAACGAAAAACUUGUCUUUCUUGAAAGCUCCGUUUACCUUCUCGGGUCGCGAACUCGCGCUAUUUACUCUCCCGUCAACGUUCUACAGACGUCGUUGUGACGGAACUUCCGUCAAAGUAAGUUUCACUGCUUGUUAAACAUAACGAGUCACUCAUUCCUUUUUAAAUUAAUUGUUACAAAAAAAAUGUCACUGGUUACUAAGGAGACGUUAUAAGAAUUAAAUUGUUUAAUAAAAAAAGAAAAAAAAAUAUCGAUAUAUUGGUAGGUGACUUGAAAGUUGGACCAUAGAGGUAUAUAUAUUACCUGGUAAUAUCUUAAUAUGUUAAUAUUACACGGAGAACGAGGCUGGCAACGAACGUGAAGGCGCGAAAGAAAGAAACGAACGGUUUUCGGGUGAAUCGAUGGCUCCCUCGUGUGUUCUUGCGCGGUCGGCUGCUGUAAAUCCUCAGGAAACUCGGGAAACUCUCGCACGGGGAUGAAACAGAAUCAUUUCGACGCAAACGAUCUCUGGUUGCUUCCGGUUCAGUUCUUUUUCUUUCUUUCUCCUGAGAGUGAUGGCUCGCUUCGUUAAUAGAGAAAAGGCGGUUCGAUUCUAAGUUUCAAAGCGUUCUGCCUGCUUAUUUCGAAAUCGAGGCAACCGGAAAGAAAUUUUGUUUCACGUAGAAAGAUUCGUUCGUACGAAGAAUUUGUGACGUAUAGAAGAAUAAUUCUGUUUGUCACUAAAGUCUUCAUACUUCAUACUAAUUUUCAAGAUCAUUUAAAAUAAUUUUGAAAGUCUUCGUGGUCACUCUUGACGAUUAAAUAAAAAGAUAUCAAUAUAUUAUGUACGUUCAAUUAAAUAGUACUUCUGAUAGUAAAUAUAUCUUGUAGGUAUAUUUUCAACGUGUACAAUGUGUCCUAUAAUUUUAAAUAAUACGUAUACAUAUAUAUACAUAUAAAUGAGGUUUUAUCAUAAAUUUUAACAAGUAGAUAACGCAGGUGAUAUUUCCUAAAGAUAUAACUGAUCGGUGAAACAUAUAUAUAUAAAUCAAUAUCAACGAGUUAAUGUCGUCUUAGUGGCGGUACAAAGCGUCAAAUAAUGUAACUCAAACUUAACUAUAAAUUAAUACAGUCACCUGUUCUCACCAAGAAAGACAUCGUCCAUCCGCAACCAUUCAACGCUGCUUGA